CAUAUAUUAUUAAUUUUUUAACAUGCAACACUAAACAUCGCUGUCUGCCUUUUGGUAAAAAAUCGGGAAUCGAGAGAUUUUUGUGACAUGGCUGGAAAUAAUACUGAAGAAGUUGAGGGGUCUGCCACUACUGAGACCAAGACCAACAGCAAUGCCGAGGUCCCCCCAGAGUUCCUGAUCAAGCACCCCCUGCAGAAUACAUGGAGCCUGUGGUUUUAUGAUAAUGACAGAAAUAAGACCUGGGAAGAGAACCUUAUUGAGCUGACCACAUUUGACACGGUGGAAGAUUUCUGGAGAUUAUACCACCACAUUAAAUUACCAUCUGAGCUCCGCCAAGGCCACGACUAUGCGGUGUUCAAGCAAGGAAUUCGUCCUAUGUGGGAAGAUGAUGCCAACAAAAUGGGUGGCCGAUGGCUCAUCAGUCUUGAGAAGAAACAACGUAAUUCUGAUCUGGACCGGUUCUGGCUAGAUGUGGUUCUACUUCUCAUUGGUGAAAACUUUGAACACUCUGAGGAAAUUUGUGGAGCUGUUGUUAAUGUUAGAGCUAAACUGGAUAAAAUUGGUAUCUGGACCGCUGAUACGUCAAAGCAACAUGCCAACAUUGAGAUCGGAAGGAAACUGAAGGAGCAGCUUGGUAUUCAUGGAAAAAUCGGAUUCCAAGUGCACAGAGACACCAUGGUCAAGCACAGUUCGGCCACCAAGAAUCUAUACACUGUUUAAUAGUCCAGUUAAUCCGUAACAAGUGGUGCGAUAACUUCGAGACUUGGUGCUAGACUGUCAGUGCAUUGGCAUUGUAAUAGACGGUUGCAAUAAUGUUCAAUGUAACUACAUAAGUCUGACGUGCCCUAAGUUUAAAUCUAGUUAUCUCAUAGCAUUGUUACGCUUCUAAAAUAAUGGAAUAUUUUUAUUUAACUGAAGUAGGUACUCUUUAGGUUGACUUUUUGAUAGUUUGUGUCGUAAUAUAACUUACCAAUAAUAUCAUUGUAAAAAGUCGUUGUUUACGAACUAUUAAAAUUUAAGUCUGAUUUUUAUACUAAAGCUGUGCUUGAGUAUGUUUGUCGAUAUGGUCACAUAGGUGUAAGUUUGUUUAUCUAAGCCUCUGUGGUUGCAGUUUCUUUUCGUGAGCAAAGAUUUGUGUUUUAGUGGAGCUGAUGGAAGACUCACGUCAGCCCAUAUUAUGGCUGAGUGCGUCGACUAGUAUAGUUUAUUUGAUACACGUUAUUUAAUAUUUUAAAAUCCUAACAGUAAUUUGCAGUAUCUAUGUACCACGCUUUAUGUUAACACGUCAAAUACUUUG